AUGACGCUCCCUUAUUUCUUACAAAUUUCAUUUGCAUCGUGUGGGGAAAAUAUUCGACCGAAAUAUAUUUUUGCUCUAAUUGAUUUUAUUGUGUGGAUCAUUUAUAUAAUUGGGACUCCUGUAUUAUUCGUGUUUGCUCUGCUGUACUCUCGCGUGAGGCUGAUGCGGCAGACGCUAGAGAGCAACGACUUCGACUGCAGAAUCCUCGGCAAGCAUCACCCGCGCCGGUACAUACAGAUGUAUGAGGCGAUCAUGGAUGGGCUGGAGGCAUGCGACGGCACUGUGAAGCUGCAGAUUUUUAAUUAUUUGGAUAUUAUUUGGUUUAUUCUGGAGUUUAUAACGGGUUGCUCGCCGCUGGUUCUGGCAGCUGUAUUGGCAGAUCUGGUGACAAUGGAGACGCAGAAGAUGUUGGUCAUCGCUUUGGACAGGCGCAUUGCUUGUAAGAAUGAGCGAGACCGCGAGGAGAUUCAGAAGCUGUUCCUAUUCCUGAAACGCAACCCGUUCCAGUACAGCUUGGGGCGCGUGGUGCCGCUCAACGUGCGCAGUCUGCUGUCUUUCUUCUCCUUCACUGUCACUACCAUUAUCGCCAUUUUGCAAAUUCAAUCAUGGAAUACAUAAUGCAAUAAUUUUUUACUUAAAUUCCACAGUACAAUAAAAUCAUUUUGUAAAUCAGCAUAA